ACUCUCCUGUGAACCUUGUGGUACUCAUGCAGGAUACAAACAAACAGAUCAUAUUUGUCUUCGAAAUCUCAUCUUCUCUUUAAAAAGCCAUUAAAAAAAUAUUAGUGUGAAGGAAAAAAGAAAUUGAAUCCAAAAACAUAAAGAAGAAGAAAUUAAAAUCAUGGGAUCCAAAGAGCAAAAAAAAGCAUUGCUCAAUCAACAAUUGGAGCAACUUGGUUCAAUUACUAAUUCCCCUUCUGUGAAUAAGACAUCAAUCAUUGCCCAUGCAUCGAAGUAUAUAGAAGAAUUAAAGGAAAGGAUUGACAAGUUAAAUGAAGAUGUUUCAACUUCACAACCUUAUCAUCAUGACCAUGAAGAUGCCUUACCAGAGGUUAUCGUAGAAACCCUAGAGAAGGGGUUCAUAAUAAAUGUAUUUUCAGAAAAGAAUUGCCCUGGUUUGCUAGUCUCAAUAUUGGAAGUCUUUGAAGAGCUUGGCCUUGAAUUAUUGGAUGCUAGGGUUUCUUGUUCAGAUUGUUUUCGACUUGAAGCUGUUAGUGAUGAAGGAGAAAUUGAAUGCAUAGAUGCCCAAAUGGUAAAACAAGCAGUGUUGGAAGCUAUAAGGAAUUGGAAACAACUCAAUCACCAAGAUUAAUUUAAUCACAUUUACUUAUUUUCUCCCUAUGUUCUUUCAACAACAAAAAAAAAUUCAUCAAAAUAAAUAAAUUUAAAAAAAAACAGAAAAAAGGGAAAAUAAGCAAAAAGGAGAAGUCCUGUUCGUAAAUGCUGCAUUUUAUGGAUUAAUAUUAAUCAACAUGAUGACAUAAUCAAUGCAUUUUUUCUUGAACAAUUUAAGAUCAUAAUGUCCCAUGCACUACGAGAAAUAUGAUGUGCGCAUCUUGUAAAAUUAAUCUAAAAAAUACUUCAUCUGUGCUUAAUUAUUAAUACUUUUAAAUUGGCAUACUUAUUAAAAAAUAAUUAGUUUACUUCUAUUAAUUACGAAAUAGAUGAAUUAAAAAUAUAAGAUUUUCAAAAAGUUUUAUCUUUUUCAUGGUUUUGUUAAUAGGUUAUUUAGAAAACUAUAUAAGCCUAAAUAAACCCUAAAUUAACCAUUCUAACUAACUCAUCUAAAAACCCAAAACUCUCUCCAAAAUCAUUUCUUUAGAAGAGAAGAAGAAGAAGAGAAGAAGAGAGACAUCAACCUAGGUCAAAUUAUCUUGGGAUUAAAGCUUGAUGUAGGGAAUUGAUCAAGUGUAUAUGAAGAUCCUUCAUCCAUGAGUUCUUCCACCCAUGGAUCCCCCAUAGUUAUCCCUCUAUUGUGAAUCCAAAAUACCCUAAACUAGUUAGGGUUCUGAUUACAUUGUGGGUAGAGUUUGAUUGUGAUUCCAAAAUAGUGGAUAUCAUUAUUUUUAUGUUUAUAUGAUGUUUUUCAUGUGAAUUUCUUUAUGAACCCUAAUCUAAGUUGAUGAAGGUUAUCAUGGUAGGUUUAAGCCAUUAAUGGUGAAAUUGAAGGUUCAUUAGAAACCUUCCUAAAUCAAGGUCUUGAGUAGUAAUUGAUCAAAUUUAGGGUCAUGAAAAUAUGAAUUGAACUAGAACUUGUUUAUUAGAUUGAUCUUGACUUGUAAAUCUUGAAUUGAACCUAAAAGAUGAAUUAUGGAUAAAUUCACCUAGUAAUGAAGAUUGUGAUGAGAACCGCUUAAGAAGAAGCCUAUUACUUUAAAGUCUUGUAAUAUUCAUAUAAAUGAGGAUAGGAUGAAGUGAAGAUUGUGAUCUUAGGUUGUGUUGGCUGUAGAUUUAGGAUUUGAAUGAAUAAAAGUUAUAGAACUACUUUAGCUUGAUGGAUUGUCAAGGACAUCCUUCCAUGAGAGAGAAAAGUGUUAAGCAAGGUUUAACAAGUAAACCUUGGAGUAUAUGCUUGACUCCAAGUGGAUAUGCCAAUGACAAGGAGUGUCAAGAAAGAUAGGGUCCGUACUCCAAGAAGAGAGGUGAGCCACACUUAGUAGAUGUGAGGACUAUCCAAGAUUAAGGAGGAACACUAACAUAUUAGAGUGUGGGUUUUCGUAAUUUGGUCUGAUGAGACGGGAUCCUUCACAUAGAUGAGUCAAGGUUUCCUAGUAGAUGUCUCCAUAUCCUAUGAACUCAGACAUGCUUGAGAAACAUCUCAUAGUGUUCAAAGCAUAAUUAACUAAGACUUACUUAAUGAAGUAACUCAUAGUGUCAUGAGUAUAUAUGAACUUAGACAUACCAAAAGUGGUAUCUCAUAGUGUUCAUGAGUGUAGGUGAACUUAGACAUACCAAAAGUGGUAUCUCAUAGUGUUCAUGAGUAUAGAUGGACUUAGACAUACUUAAAGAAGUAUCUCAUAGGGUCCAUGAGAAUAAGGAGCUUAGACAUAAUUAAUGAAGUAUCUCUUAGAGUUCAACUUGAUAAUGAACUAAGAUGUUCUUAAUAUAGAGUGCUUUAUAGGGUUCUAAAGUUAAAAGAGAGGAAGGUGGUUCCAAACUAAGAAAUGUUAGUAAGAGGACAUGAAAGUAAUGCCUAGCAUGAUUAGUAUGGUAUGCUAUGAGUGCAUUGCACAAGGUAUGACUUAGGGUCACCAACGGGAAGCCUUCAGAUAGGAUUGGACUAGAUUUGCCUUUCCUAGUUGUAAUUGACUAAGAAUGAGAGGUCCUUUAGUUUGAGAGUUAAGUUAAUAAUGAUCCCAAGGUAGGGUGAAUAUGAAUAAGAUGACUUCAAUGACAUGCUUAGGGUGAAGGUAGUAUGCUAUGCCUUUCAUUUAUUGCACAAGUGUGCCUUGCAGUUACUUAGUAGUUUACCAUCCAUAUGGCAUAGAGGAACUUAAGAGUUGACCAUGUACAUAUAUAAUAGUUAAAAUGACAAGAAGACCUUAGUCUUGAAUAUGAGAGUGGACCAUGACCGAAAA